AAUAUGAAAAAAAAAAAAAAAAAUAAAAUUUAAAAAUGGGACCUCCAAAUUCAGAUAUUUUGAGCUGAGGAAAUAAAAAAAGGCUCUACAAAACUUAACUAAAAUAUCCAAAAAUUUCAACCAAUACAGCAAUUUCUCCACGUCUCAUUCUCUGCAAUACGAAGAAAAUAAAUCUUGGAGAAAAUGGGAGAAGUUGUGGUGAGCAGUGAAGCUGGGAUCGAAAAGCAGGUCAAAAAUUGCAAGAUCACAGCUGACGGUGGCGGGACGGCGCCGGAGGUGGCGGCGGCGGCGGAAGAGGCCGAGAGUUCGUCGGUGGUGAGGUGGGAGAGAUUCCUUCCGAAAAUGGUGUUGAGAGUAUUGUUAGUUGAAGCUGAUGAUUCUACACGGCAGAUUAUUGCAGCCCUUCUCAGGAAAUGCAGUUACAGAGUUGCUACGGCUCCUGAUGGCUUAAAAGCUUGGGAAGUACUUAAAGGAAGUUCAUGCAAUAUAGACCUCAUUCUAACCGAAGUCGAUUUGCCAUCAAUCUCUGGAUAUGCGCUUCUCACUCUAAUAAUGGAGCAUGAGCCCUGCAAAAAUAUCCCUGUAAUAAUGAUGUCAUCGCAAGACUCGGUUAGCACUGUUUAUAAGUGCAUGCUGAGAGGCGCAUCUGAUUUUCUUGUCAAGCCUGUCCGAAAAAACGAGCUAAGGAACUUAUGGCAGCAUGUAUGGAGGAAACAAGCUUCGAGCACUAGUGCUGGGCUCGGACCUCCAGACGAGAGUGUGCAGCAAAAAGAUGAAACUACUGCUGAGAACAAUGCCAUUAGUAACCACUCGAGUGGUUGUAUCUCAUGCAUUGAGAGAAAUAAGCUGUGCACUAAAAAGGGAACUGAUGAUCAGAGCUCAUGCACAAAACCGGAGUCUGAGACUGAAGAAGGAGAAGAUAAUGAAAAUGGUCAUUGCAGCUCGAAGAAACAAAAGAGUAAAUGUCUUUCAGAAAAAUUUAGCGUUUCUUGUGGAGAAGAAGAUUUUCAUCAAGUAAAUGAUGAAAAACGAUCACAUGAAAACGAGAGCAGAGAAAUGCAUGCUGAGAACACGUUUGUACUCGAGAAACCAUGUAAUGAAGCCAUUGAUCUAAUCGGAGCUUUUGAUAAUCACCUGAAGGGCAAUUUAGGAAGUUUACCUCCAAAUGUUAGUGCAAACAAGUUUGACAUUUUGCCUCUACUUGACCUGUCCUUGAGAAGGCCUCUUUACAAUGGCUCUGUGAAUCGAGCAAACGAUGAACGGUCUAGAUUAAACCAUUCAGAUGCAUCGGCUUUUUCGAGGUACAUUAACAAGCCAUCACUUCCCGAAAAUCACGUUGCUAAUCCCACAAUCCAAACAGGAUACCCUGAAAUCACAUUCUCUUACACUCAGAACAAAGAAAUAUCCCAUCCAAUCCCCGUCAAAGGUGUAAGAUUCGACAAUCCAAACAGCGGGUAUAAUUCAAUGAUGCCUUCACUAUACUGCGCCCAAUCAGGCACUUCCUCACUGUCGAGUCCACAUACACCUCACCACACAGAGUCUUUCCCCCAAUCGGGCUUAUUUUACCUAUCGGAUCAUCAGCCGUCGAGUUUGCAGCAGGCUUUAAAUCAAAAAAUCAGCAACUCAGUUGUUCAAACAGAGAAUAAACCGGAAAAUAAUGUGGAGGAUCAUAGUGGAAAUAGCAAUUUUUGCAGCAGCUAUAGAAAUGAAGACAAAGUCCACGUCAGCAAGGGCCCUUCGGAAAAUCUGGGUCAUGAAGAAAGCUUUUGCGUUCAUGAUGAGGCCUCCAAACGAUCCAUGCAGAGGGAAGCCGCUUUAAAUAAGUUCCGUAUGAAGAGGAAAGAUAGAUGCUUCGAGAAGAAGGUGAGAUAUGAAAGCAGAAAGAAGCUGGCCGAGCAACGUCCGCGUGUAAAAGGACAGUUUGUUCGCCAGGUGUCGAACGACCCUCAAUUUGGGAACUCCUCGACUGGUUAGGUGCUCUAAGUAUACAAAAUUAAGGAGCAAAUUUGAACAAGUUUUUGCAGAAAAAAAGGAAAGUAGACAGAUCAGUUUUAGAACAACGCGUUCCAGGUUUUUUUUGUUUGCUUUUUUUUUUUCAUGUAACUAUUACAUAGAUGAUUGAGGAUUGAGGAAUAGAGUGAGUUGAGUGAUUCUAAUACCUAUUAAUUCACCUAAAAAAAGAUCUGGCAUAUAAAUAUAUAACUGUUGUACAGUCUUUUUGUUGUGAUUGGCUGUUGUAGGUACUUCUCUACAUUUUGAAGUUUUUGCUGCUAACUUGCAUAUCUUAUAUUUAUUCAUUUGUUAUUUUGUUCCAGCCCUGUUUUUGAAGGAGUGAGAUUUCCUAUUCCAAUUUCGUGUUUUAUUCCAUUUGAUGCGUGACACGUUUUUAUGAUGACAUCAUAUUUUUACACGUGUCAUGCAUUCAACAAAAUGUAACACGAGUUGAAAUAUGAAAAUGGAAUAUGAGAUCUUAUACCAUAUUUUAAGGUUACUUGCAUGAGGCCAC